AUGAUGAUUUUGAUAACAGCGAUGCUGGAAUUUCUACUCCUAAGAGCGCUCACUCUUUUAUCCUGGAUGUAUUCUUUUCAUUCUUGGUCUUCUUCUUUUGACGAUGAUGAGAAUGCGAAAACGGAUGAUGAUGAGAGAAAAAGGCAUCAUCGCGUUAUUCCCAAACACAUCGCGUUCGUGAUGGAUGGCAACCGCCGGUGGGAGAAAGAACAACAACUCAAACGACUUGAAAAAGGAAUUAAUAAAGGGGAAGACAAAGACGUCAUAGAAAACGAGAGUAAGAGUUCAAAAGAGAAAGGGCACGAAAGAGGUGCCAAAACCUUACAAAACGUCCUCAGGUGGUCCUUGAAACUCCCUCAGAUUGAAACGAUAUCCGUCUACGCGUUUUCUUUGGAAAACUUCAACCGAGACGAACGAGAAGUGGACGGAUUAAUGUCCUUAUGCAUCGAAGAGUUACCGAAACUGGCACGAAGCGACGCGGUGAGGAACGCGAACGCGAGGAUUGUAAUCUCGGGGAGGUUGGACGCUCUGAGCGAGGAGGUUCGACAGGCGUGCGUGUACGCUAUGGAGGAAACGAGGAGGACGAGUUGGAGAGAUGAAAAAGAAGAAACAGGAGGUAGAAGAGGAGGUGAAAAAGAGAAGACUGUCGUGUUGAAUAUUUGUUUGGCGUAUAGCGGCGCGGAGGAGUUUGGGAGCGCCGCGUGGGCGGCGACGGAAGAAGAAGACGAAGAGGAAGAAGAAGACGAGGUUGGGAGGAGGAGCGGAGAGGAGAGCAUAAAGAGACGUUUUUAUUACGGUGGUAAUGGUAGCGAGAAUAGGUACGAUAGAGGUAAUAGUAGUCGUUGUAGCGAGGGGGGUGGUAAGAAUGGUAGUAAUAGUAAUAGUAGUAGUAAGAGUAACGGUAGAAUUGACGGCGUCGAUGGCGGUAAAACGAGGAGGAGGCGAAGUAAAAAAAACGAGAAAAAUAAAUUGGAAGCGGUUAUCCUCCCCGACGUGGAUUUGGUCGUUCGAACGUCGGGCACGAACAGACUGUCGGAUUUUAUGACCACUCGAUUGGAAAACGCGUUGAUUGUUUUCGUGGACGCUCUGUGGCCGGACUUUGGCGUUUUUGAUUUCUUUUCGGUGAUUUGGCGGUAUCGGAAAGCGAGUUCGAUUUUACGAGACAAUAAGAAAAAACGCGAAAUGAAGAAGGAAGAUCAAAUCUUCUACGAUAAUUAG